CAUCCAUCCUUCAAAACAAUUUCCUCCAUUGCUUUCUUGCAAAAACCUCUCCUCCAAAACCAAAACCAAAGGGGACACCCCUAGAGAUAGUUUUGGGAACCAAGGUGAAGAGCUCCGGCGAGAGCCUAUCAAAAGAUGUCCUCAGCAGCAUACGGACAAGUCUCUGGUCCACCAAGAAAUCCAGAGCAGAAGAAGAAGAAGCUCGCCAUCAUCGGUGGCUCGGCAGUAAUACUCCUCUGCAUGGUGGUCGGAGCUGUCGUCGGUGUCUCACACCACAACUCCUCUUCCGAUGGUGGCUCCUCCAAUAGCGGUGGUGGCCGCCUCGUCACCACGUCGAAGGCAAUCAAAUCCAUCUGCCAACCCACCGACUACAAGGAUAUAUGCGAGAGCUCCCUCACCCAUGCUGCGGGCAAUACUAGCGAUCCGAAGGCGCUCGUAGAGGCCGCAUUCAAUGUCACCAUCGACUACAUUCGAGAUGCCUUCAACCAUUCAUCGGUCCUCCAGGCGGCUGCGAAGGACCCACGGACCUCCGAUGCACUCGAUGACUGCAAGGAACUCCUCGACUACGCCGUCGAUGAACUCAGGAACUCGUUCACCAAGUUUGGCCAGCUCGAAAUAAGCAAGAUAGACGAAAUAAUCGAUGACCUCAAGAUUUGGCUCAGCGCUGCGGUCACAUACCAAGAGACAUGUCUCGAUGGAUUCGAGAACAUAAGCGGAGAUGCUGCGGAGUCCAUGAAAAAGGCAUUGAAUGGCUCCCAAGCAUUGACGAGCAAUUCUCUGGCCAUCAUCGACGAGAUUUCUUCGGUGCUCUCCACGUUCCAGAUUCCUUUUCUUAGCAGGCGGUUGCUUUCGGAGGAGGAAGCGGAUGAUGGUGAGUAUCCUUCGUGGGUCACAAAUGGGAAGAGAAGGCUCCUCGCUCUUACAAUGGAUCAGAUGAAGCCAGAUAUAGUUGUAGCUCAGGAUGGGAGUGGAAACUAUGAAACCAUAAAAGAAGCACUUGCUGCAAUCCCCAAGAAUAGCAAUACGACCUUCGUGAUAUAUAUCAAGGAAGGUGUGUAUAAGGAACAAGUGUGGCUGGAUAAAAGUAUGACGAAUGUGAUGAUGAUUGGGGAUGGCCCAACUAAGACAAGGAUCACUGGAAAUUUGAACUAUAUCGAUGGCACAACAACCUUCAAGACCGCAACUUUUGCUGUGGUCGGAGAAGGGUUCAUCGCCAAGGACCUCGGGUUCGAAAACUCCGCGGGCCCAGAAAAACACCAAGCCGUUGCCCUGCGGGUGCAAUCCGAUCGAUCGAUCUUCUACAACUGCCAGAUGGAUGGCUAUCAGGACACACUCUAUUGCCAUACCAAGCGCCAAUUCUACCGAGAUUGCACCAUCACCGGGACGAUCGACUUCAUCUUUGGCGACUCGGCCUCGAUCUUCCAGAAUUGCCUCAUUAAAGUGAGGAAGCCCUUGGCAAACCAGCAAUGCAUUGUGACGGCAAGCGGCCGGAAGGAUCGACGUGAGGCCACUGCCAUCAUCCUCCACAAUUGCACCAUCAGUGCUGACUCUGAGUACUUACCAUUCCACAUCCAAAAUCCAUCAUACCUUGGGCGGCCAUGGAAGCCAUACUCAAGGACUAUAAUCAUGCAGUCUCAAAUUGAUGAGUUCAUCCACCCAGAAGGGUGGCUGCCAUGGCUAGGGGACGUUGGCCUUCAUACAUGCUUCUAUGCCGAGGUCGACAACCAUGGCCUGGGGGCAAAUGUCACCAAAAGGGUUACAUGGAGGGGGUACAAGAAGAUAGACUCCAGUCAUGCACAGCAGUUUACCGUUCAGCGCUUCAUCCAAGGGAAUUCAUGGCUUAGGCCCACAGGUGUGCCGUACAUUCCCGGGUUGCUACCAGCAACAGAAGCUGGUAGGGUGGGCUAACUUGUAAUCUUGGUUGCUUGAAAUUGUCGAAGAAAGUAUUUUUUUUUUUUUUUUUGUAAAAAAAAAAGGGGGGCUGUGGGAGAGAUAUCCCUGUCCAUUUUUCUGGGCAUUGGUUAAAAUGGACAGGGUGACAGGUUUAAACGACUAUGUUAUUUUUUGAGGAAAGAGAGGUAGGUUUUAUUCGCUUCCUCUUCUCUUAGAUAGGUGAAAAUAAAGGAAGCAUUGGAUUCUAUUAUUUGUAUAUUUGUUAUUUUUAUCUGCUUCUCUGCUCUUGAAUGGGUGAAAAUAAAAGAAGCAUUGGGUUCUAUUAUUUGUGCGCCUGCUAUUUUUUGAUGGAGAAAUAUUCCAUGUAAAGGAGAUUUAUGUGU